AUGGCUAUGGAGCUCUGGAACCACACCUUCCUAUCGAGUUUCAUCCUUAGAGGUCUGCUCAGCCACUCAUCAUAUGACUUCUUCCUCUUUUCCCUGGUCCUUUUGGCCUUUGCUGCGGCCCUGACUGGCAACAUCCUUCUCCUCCUGCUCAUCCAGGGUGACAGGCGCCUGCAUACUCCUAUGUACUUUUUCCUCAGUCAGCUCUCCAUCAUGGACUUGACCUUGGUUUGUGCUGUGGUGCCCAAGAUGGCAGCCAACUUUCUCUCAGGCCAUAAGUUCAUCUCUUGGGCAGGCUGUGCAGCUCAGAUCUUCCUAGUGGUCAUGGUAGGAGGAGCCGAGUGCUUCCUCUUGGCAGUGAUGGCCUACGAUAGGUAUGUAGCUAUUUGCCACCCUCUGCGGUACUCUGUGCUCAUGAGCUGGAAGACCUGCUAUCUGCUGGCUGUGGCAUCCUGGAUAGGUGGGGUGGCCGACAGUGUGAUCGAUGUUGGUACAGUCUUCAGCUUUCCCUAUUGUGGCUCUCUGGAGGUGGACCAUUUCUUCUGUGAGGUCCCUGCCCUUCUGCGUCUCUCCUGUGCUGACACAUCCCUCUUUGAGGACCUCAUCUAUGCAUGCUGUGUGGUCAUGCUGCUGCUGCCCCUGGGAGUCAUUGUGGCUUCCUAUGCCCGGGUCCUCACAGCUGUGAUUAGGAUGCCCUCCACUGAGGGGAAGCAGAAGGCUCUGACCACUUGUUCCUCCCACCUGGCUGUGGUGGGCCUCUACUACAGUGGAGCCAUAUUUAGCUAUAUGCAAAGGGCCUCAGCUAGGACACCAGCAAGAGACAGGGCCACCUCUAUCUUCUACACCAUUCUUACCCCAAUGCUCAACCCACUCAUCUACAGCCUGAGGAAUAGGGAGGUUACCAGGGCACUGAGGAAGAUGCUGGGAAGGUGGAGAGUGUAGGCACUUGCCCCUCCCUCUUGGGCUUCCCUUCUUGGUGUGUCCCUUCUCUGCCACCCCCAUUCUUCCUCUCUGCCUGCACUGACUCGGACAAGUUGGGGCAAGGCUAUGAACUAAGUAAUCUGCUAACAUUUAGGAUGCUUGGAAGGAAAGUGAUGGGGUAACAGAUGGUACUUAAUUUGUUUCACAAUGAAUCCCCCCACCCCACCCCAGCACCAUAAUAUCCACCAAUUAAAGACCAACAGAUACAUUGUUUACAUUGCCAGUAGGAUUGGCAGGUCAGCCUUUCUUCUGAAUUAUAUUUUAAAAAUAAACC